UAGGAGGCAUUAUGUUAGAUUUGCUCCAGGAGUACUUGACAGGCACUAUGAGAAGUUGCUACGUUGUGAUGCAAGGCUGAAUGAACUAAGCAAAAAACCUUUCCCUAGCCAAAUAUGUCCUUUUUUUGAACAACCAGAUUAUAAUAAUGAUCAGGUUUCAGAUUUCUCAAUUGGCAAUGACUAUGGAUCACAACUUCUUCUCAAUUAUCCUUUUCAUCACUUGCCUUCUUCUUCGUCUACUGCAUUACUCCCUAAUGUUCGUGAACCUCUUCGACAAUUCAGUUCAAGUUAUCCGGUAGCAGGUGAGAGUAUAAGUGGGAUUUGGGGUGGCCAAGGAUCAAACAACUUGGUGAAUGUUGCUAUGGGAAAUCAAGCUAUUGGAAUGUUGCCCGGGGGUUCAACACCAGAUCAACAAGCUGAUUGGAUUACUACAACCCAGGAUCAUCAAGCAAUGUAUCAGCAAAAUGACUCGAUAGGAAAUGGUCAAGUGGAUCACACAAUGCUAAACAAUUUAAAGAACUAUUUGCUGGAGGAAAAUCAAGUUACAUCCUACAACGAACCAGCAUUUCCCUACUCAUUGCCCGAGCACCAUGAAAAUAGAAGCCUUGUUGCUGCUACAGGUGAUGUACAUGGCCUAGACUCCAGUUAUCAGAUGGUGAACAACAAUUAUGCAGAGAAUGUUGUACCAAACUAUGAAAUGGCGUAUAUGCAGCCAAAUGCCAACUGGAUGUUUCCUCAACAAGCAAAUGAUCAAUUUUCUACCAAUUAUGCUACAGUUAGCGGAGGAUAUCCAACUCAAGAUGUGAACCAAGAAGCACAGUCCGUAUGGAAAACAACAAACUAAUAGGGGUUCAAUUAGCUAGUAAUGACAUAAGAUCUUGUUUAAUGUUAUUUCUUGUUGCAAGUACUUUUUUAUUACCCUGCCAGUAAGUAGAGAACUUUCUACCUUUAUCUUUCUUUUAGCCUAUGUAUGUUUUAAUCGAUGCAAAUUAGCCUAUGUAUGUU